AUGGACACUUCUUUGUGUUCAACUGUAUCAACAGAAUGCAUCAUCAGUAGUAGUGGUGCUUCUGAAGCAGCAACAAUAGCAGUUACCAACAGCGCGAUCGCGUCUUCUUCGGUAGUACCUGCACUAGAAGCAGCAACAACAGCAGUUGCAAGUCGAUCGCUCAUUGCAACCAUUGUGGGAUUCCUCCCCAGACUGCUGUUCAGAAUCAUUAGCAAAGUGUCACUGUUCUUUUACCGCAUCCUGACAUGGUCAUUCACAGUCCACCUCAAUUUCUCUUCCCUGUUGACGAUUCUUGUGGUGCUAUGCAUUGGCGCCUAUUUAGUGAUCCGAUACCGAUACCUGAACAAAUACUCACGGUUGAAAUCGACGGAGCCGGCCCAAUCAACGUCGUCGUUUUUCGAUCUGCACCCUGACGAUGCCAGUGAAGACGAGUACUAUUACGAAGGCAUUGGAGGAAGAGGAGGCGCAGCACCACGCAAGGCGUUUAGAGGACCUGGUGGUAUCGGAGCCGGACGGCCCUACUACAAGACAUACCCAGACGAGUUCCUAUCCGCCUUCUUGUCGUCCAUCAAGAUUUUCGGCUACUUGGAACAACACGUGUUUCAUGAGCUGGCACGACACUUGCAGACCAAGAAGCUCCUGGCAGGUGACACUCUGUUUCGUCAACCCGAACAGGAGAAAUCGUUUUACAUUGUUGUGCAUGGCCACGUGCAGUUGUUUGUCAAACCCGAUGAUGAUCCGUAUCAGACAAUGGAAGGCUCGGAUGAGGAGGAGGAUGAAGAAGAGGGGCGCGACAUGUUUGAAAAUUAUACAUUGAUCAAUGAAGUCGGUGCUGGCGGUACGCUGUCGUCCUUGUUUACGAUUCUGUCUGUGUUUCGCGAGAGCUUCAUGCGGCAAGAAUCGAAACGGCACAAGAUCCAGCCGUCCUCGUCAUCUAAUACGGCAAACAAUGAAGAGCUUGGUGGAUGGCGAUCUGUGUUUCCAAAUUUGCAGGAAGCCUCAGGACCAGGCAACAGUAACAGAAGCUUGUCUUUGCAGCAUCAACAUCCACUGGCCUCGUCGGCUAAACGAUCGGCGUCAAGUACUGAUAUCACGGCUUCGGAUGAUGACGAUUUGAUGUCUUCCUCUGCCAAGAUGCUAGCAUCGCCAGUAGCGGGGUCGCCAUCAUUGCCUGCUGCAUUCAAUACCAGUAUCAACGCCAAACGUCGAUACCGGUCCGUGCAUCCAAAUAUUGUCGCACGUGCCACUGUGGAUACAACACUUGCAGUAAUCCCGGAGGAAGCGUUCCACAAACUGACACAAAAGUUCCCAAAGGCGGCGGCUCAUAUCGUCCAAGUCAUUCUUACACGAUUCCAACGCGUCACGCUGAUGACGGGCCAUCGCUAUCUCGGGUUGACCAAGGAAUUGUUGCGAUUGGAGCGAUUGGCAAGCGAGUCUGCGAGCAUGGAUGAGUUACCACAAGACUUGUUUGUUCCUGGUGGUAUUGAACGAUUACGACGCAAGUUUGCACAUCAGCAAAACGACGAUGCUCCGAGUGGACAUGAUGAUGUGGAAGAGAGUCCAAGCAGUGGUAUCAUUCAGGCUAUGGAUAUCCCCUCAACACCGUCCUUGGGUAGCAAAGGAGGAGACAGUAGUUCUGCUGUUGGGUCGCCGCUUCAUCACCAGCAGAUGAUGGGAGCAACAUCGCCAUCCAAUACACCUUAUCACCAUCAUCACCACCAUCAUCAUCAUCAUCAUCAAGAAGAAUACAGUGUCAAGGACGACGAACAUUUAAGAGCAUCCGUUCGACGAUGCUUUGCUGAAUGUUUGGGCAUCUCGGCACAAGUGGAGCCUCCAUCGCUACAGAACUCGACAUCGUCACCCAUGUCUUCCUCAUCCAAACGUCAACAUCAUCAUCAUCAUCAUCCACAGCAAACAGAUGCGCUGAAAUCCUCAUCACGGUACUACUAUCCGAUGGAUCUGUUCUCGCCUGCAGGCACAGCAGACACAAGUGCAUCGCCUUCGCUUGGUGCGCUCAGCGUACCGUAUGACGACGACAUUGACAAUGUGUCGACGGUCUCAUCCUCAGCCGUUUCCGCGACCGGUGGCCAAUACGGUGAAGGCGAAGCAUUAUCGGCGAAUGAUGUCCAGAUUCUGUUUUUCCCGCAAGAUGCCGUUCUCUUGAAAGAAGACGAGCACAAUAACGGACUCUUUUUCGUCAUUGAUGGCGUACUGGAUGUGUCCAUGACACCUGCUGCCACCGAAGAUUUGUCUUUGGAACGCCCUACUCAGCCCUACGGUGUUUCUUCGCCCACGUCCGUGCCCAAGAAAAAAAAGAACAAGAAAAAAAAGCAACAGAAGACGCGGUUUAGUCUGUCUCCCAUUCCGUCACCCACCUUGUCACCAUCGACUUCAUCCGAUGAUUUCAGUGGAGACCAUGAGCAGCAACAGCAGCAACAGAAGUCACAGCUGGCGAAUGUUGCACCUGCACUGGAAGGAACGUCGAUUGUGGAUAAGCAUGGACCUGUGAUGGCAUCGCGAGUACCAGCGGGUCGUGCACCGCCUCAUGCAGAUGCAGAGACGUACCAGGAACGCAAAGCCCAGCGACCGUUGUUCACCAUCAAGCCAGGUGGCAUUGCGGGUUAUCUGGAGGCGUUGACGGGUCAUCCCAGCUUUGUUGAGAUCCGGGCCAAGACAGAUACCUAUGUUGGCUACUUGUCACGCAAGAGUUUGGAUCGUAUCAUUGACAAACAUCCAACGGUGAUGCUGAAAUUGGCACAACGCUUGGUGACGCUCUUGAGUCCAUUGGUGCUACAUAUUGAUCUGGCGUUGGAUUGGAUGCAAGUAAAUUCUGGCCAAGUGAUCUGUCACGAAGGACAACCGAGCGAUUCGAUCUACAUGGUGCUACACGGACGUCUGCGCACGAUCCACGGCGAAAAGGGUGAUGGUGGCAUUGAGAUCUUGGGCGAAUUUGGUCGAGGCGACUGUGUGUGUGAGUUGGAAGCAUUGGCCGGUAUUCCUGCACCUGCGACACUUCAUGCUAUCCGAGACAGUGAAUUGGCGCGUUUACCGAAAACCUUGUUCAACGCACUAGCACGACGACACCCAGAGAUCACUUUGCAGAUAUCGCGCAUGGUAGCUAUCCGAUCGUUGCAAAUGACGCGUGUUGGCGGUGGCAAUGGCGGCGCUGCUUCUAGCAUCAAAUCAUCCUCUUUACCGCAAAAAUCACAAGCGACACUAGCGACUUUGUCUGGAAGUGCUGCUGCUGCUGCUCCUGAUCAAGCACCCGAGUUGUACGGCCGGAACAAUGCGAAUUUAAAGACCGUUGGCAUCAUCCCAGUGAAUGCGUCUGUGCCAGUGACGGAAUUCGCUGAAAACCUGAAAAGUGCACUGAUGCAAGCGGUCGGUGCAACAUGUGUGCUGCUGAACAGUGCUACGAUCACGUCUGUCAUGGGCAAGCAUGCGUUUUCGCAGCUGGGUAAAUUGAAACUGGCGUCCUGGUUGGCAGAACAAGAAGAAAAAUACCGCAUUGUGCUGUAUUUGGCCGACAGUGGCGUCAAAACGCAAUGGACACGGACGUGUAUCCGACAAGCCGAUUCGAUCUUGUUGGUAGGCCUGGGCGAUGGGGAUCCUGCCGUAGGUGAUUACGAACGCUUCUUGAUCAACAUGAAGACGACAGCAAGAAAGGAGUUGGUCUUGUUGCAUGGCGAGCGAUUUUGUGCAACAGGCACAACGCAGAAUUGGCUGAAGAAUCGAUUAUGGAUCCAAGCACACCACCAUAUCUUCAUGCCUAUGCGCAAGCACGCGACAUUGUCCAAUGAGCGAGGUGGCAGUGCUCGUCCGCCAUGGCUGGCACAAACGGGACGCAAGAUGACCGAGAAUUCGAUCAACAUGAUGCGAAACGUCAAGGGGCAGCUGGAAAAAUACUAUCCCACAUUUGGCCGAUUAUUGGUUGUUAAAAAGAACACAGCCACACAAUUCGGCAGCGCCAGUAAUGCUGCACGCGAUGACUUUGCUAGACUAGCGCGUCGGCUUUGCGGCAAAUCGGUAGCAUUGGUGCUUGGCGGAGGCGGAGCACGUGGCAUUACGCACAUUGGCAUGAUCCAAGCACUGGAAGAAGCCAACAUCCCGAUCGACAUUAUCGGUGGUACGAGUAUUGGUAGUUUUGUGGGAGGAUUGUAUGCCAAGAACCGAGACCUGGUGUCGACGAUAGCUCGAAGCAAGAUGUUUUCAUCGCGAACAACGAGUCUGUGGCGCAACCUGAUGGAUCUGACCUACCCUGUCACGGCCUGGUUCACGGGACAUUCGUUCAACCGGUCGAUUUUCAAGUGUCUUGGCGACUCACAAAUCGAGGACUUUUGGCUGCCAUACUUUGCAGUGACGACCAACAUCACCUGGUCACGGAUGGAGGUGCACACGACCGGCUAUGCUUGGCGAUACAUUCGUGCAUCCAUGUCAUUGUCGGGCUACAUGCCGCCGAUCUGCAAUGAGAACGGCCAUAUGCUGGUAGAUGGCGGGUACAUGGACAAUUUGCCAGUGUCGGUGGCCAAGAGCAUGGGUGCCGAUAUCAUUAUUGCGGUGGAUGUGGCAUCCGAAGACGACACGAGUCCUGUGCGGUAUGGCGAUUCGAUCAGUGGAUGGUGGGCGCUCCUGUAUAACCUGAAUCCGUUCAGGUCAUACACGAUCCCGAGCAUUGCAGAGAUCCAGUCUCGACUGGCGUAUGUGAGCAGCGUGUCCAAGCUGGAAGAAGCCAAGGUGACGGAUGGUGUGCUGUACGUCAAACUGCCAGUGCAGAAUUGGGGCACGCUGGAGUUCAACAAGUUUCCGGAUAUCAUGCAGCUUGGUUACGAUGCAGGCAAACAGGUGGUUGGGGCCUGGCGGAAGGCGGGGUAUGCGUCGGGUCGGCUGUUGCAAGAACAACAGGACGCUGUUGUGCAGCAGCAAGGCAAGGAGGUCAAGGGGACGCGCGGACGACGCAACAGUAUCUAA